AUGACGACGUGGUGCCGGCCGGACCGAGCAUCUUCUGCUUUAAAUCUGCGAGCAUCGUGUCUGUCGAGUGCCGGCUCAGUGGCUGCCCUUCCAUCCAGCAUUGCCAACAGUAAGCGCAAUCAUCGUCGUCAUCACGUUCGCUAUUCGUCCACACGACGUGCAAGUGAUUCAUCGCCGUGCUCCGACCGGCAUCAAACAGCGGCCGCGUCGCGUCAUUCCAUCGCCGACAUCCUCGGCUGGAAAACUCAUCCGGCUGAUUGCGCGCCACUGGCCAACAGCCUCGCCUCCGGCAUUUGCAAAAUCGAGCGCGAAAGGGACGGCCAUCCGUUCGAGCCACUCGUUUUAAGUGAGCGACAUCGUUGCGACGACGACGACUACGACGACGGUAGCGAAGAGGAGCGAGACGGGAUGGCGUCCGACUGCGUCGACGUGGCCGAUAUGAUGAACAUUAGUGACGAGCCACUGGACUUGAGCCUGGACAAGAGCAAAUGUCGCCAACGUGAAAGGGAACGUGAGAGCGGGACGCCCAUCAAACGGGCCAAAGGACUGGUGGUGGACGCCAUGGAGCCGGCCAGUGACCCAGGGACGGACGAGGGCGACAUGGACGGCGUCGGACAGUGGGGCAACGUCCAGCCGCAUUUGCAGAUGGCCGCCAACUUCUCGACGGUGCUCCAGUACUAUUUGACGGCUGCCCGUCUGUGGCAGACGAGUGAAGUGAUGCGGUGUCAGGAAUCCCAACAGAGGGCCGGCGGAGAGACGGACAGUGAGGCCAAUGACGACGGACACGCGUCCGACACCAACGCGGCGGCCGCGGCGGCCGUCGUAGCGGCAGCCGUGGCUGCCGCCGGAAGCGAUUCAGCCGGAAUUGUUUUCCCCGUCCAGUCACAGCAGCAGCAACAACAGCAGCAACAACAACAACAAUCGAACAGCAACGGUGGCGGCAACAAGCGCAGGAAGAACAAGGACAGUCACCACCAUCAGAACAUGGUCAUGGUGGCCGAUUUGGUCAAUUCCGGCGGUGCGGAUUCAGCUAACGGCCAAUCGCGUCCGCGCAAAACGCGCACCACCUUCACGGGUAAACAGCUUUUCGAAUUGGAGCGCAUUUUUGAACAGAAGAAAUAUUUAUCGUCCAACGAACGUCAGGAAGUCGCCCGUCUGCUCAACGUCACCGGUUCCCAGAUCAAAAUUUGGUUCCAAAAUCGACGGACCAAGUGGAAGAAGCAGGAUCCUAAUACAGCGGCUGAACUUGCGCAGCUCAAGUCGGCCAGCCGCAGUUCUCAACAGGGCACCUCAACAUCGUCGUCGGUGGCCGCCGCGCCCAAAGGCAAAAACGGCGACGAUCAGCCGGGAUCGGCCAAUGCAAACGACGAUAUCGCCAGCGCUGGCGAUAACGACGAGAUCAAUAGCGACGACGCUCUAUCUCCACCGGCGCCACGAUCGCCUUCUUCCGUCUAAAAAUAUUUAAAAAACAAAACAAAACAAAAAACAGAAAAA